AGAUAUAACCUCGACGAAGAAGUGGUACUACAACCAGUUGUCCGUCUAUACAACCAGAUAUCUGUCAUAGGCUCUGACUACUACCAAUCAUUGGUGUUUUUUCAUAGCCAAUGGCAUCUCUUGUUAUUAUGAGUCUGGCGGAAGUAGGAACUUGGACGUUGUCCUUGGAACCAUGCAGCUAGGUGCAGCGCCACUGUUGAAUUGAUGUGAACCAGACUGCCAGGAGAAGAUGCCACUCCACAAAUACCCACCCCGUAUCUGGGAAGCCCUAAAGCUGAAGAAGGGCAUCUAUGCUCGACUCCCACAACACUACCUAAAAAGUUUGGACGAUAAAACGCCUCCCACACCUGUGCAUUGGAAAGCACUUGGAGUGAAGUAUCGUUCCAACCCAAAAACUGGUUAUAAAGAGCGGGUGCAGGAUGUGCCCAUCCCCGUUUUCUACCCACGAGAGUCCCAGCAGGGUCUUUGGGCAGGGGAGGGUUGGAUACAGGGCUACAAAUAUUCAAACGAUGACAAGCUGUCUACACGAUUCAAGAAAACUUGGAAGCCUCAGCUCUUUAAGAGGGAGUUUUACAGCGAGAUCCUGGACCAAAAGUUCAAUAUCACAGUCACGGCUCGCACCUUAGAUCUCAUCGAUGCUGCUUAUGGCUUUGAUUUUUACAUCCUGAAGACACCCAAACAAGAUCUAAACUCCAAACUUGGAAUGGACCUCAAGCGGGCAAUGCUCCUCAAAUUGGCACGGAAGGACUUCCAUCUGGAGGAUUCAGAUCGUCGAGAAAAAGUUAACAAGAAUUACAAGCAGCAGUUUGAAAUCCCUGAGAAGGAGGCUGAGUGGGUCGGGCUGAGUCUGGAGGAAGCAGUGGAAAAACAGAGGAUCUUGGAGCUCAAGGAGCCUGAACCUGUGUUCAAGGAAUGUUUGGACAGCCUGGUGAAGGAGCUGGCCAUUCAGAAGCUUUCUGAACCAAAGAUUGUGGAGAGGACGUAAAGAGUCUGCCAUUUUACUGGCUGCUAGUGCAUAACAGUUCGAUUUAUGUAACAUAUACCUAUGUACAUCAUCAAAAUGAACUGGCAUUGACAACAACUGCAACUUAUCAUGUAAAUAUUUAACUAUUUUCUGAAGUAAAUUAAUUGUAAGAUGUAAUCAUUUGUACAUUUGUGCCAUUUUUAUGUUUUGGGAUUGAUUGAUUUAACAUGAGAAACAAGUUGAAGACACCCUU